AUGGGAGAAAACAAUUGUUGGGUGAGACAAGUGGUGAUUACUGAGCUAACGAAGGGGAAGGAAUUUUUGUUGCAAUUGCAAAAGCACGUUGAGCACAUGAAACAAGAUGUGUGCCUGCAGUAUUUGGCUACAGAAGUACUUUCUUCUUAUGAUAAAGUUCUGUCACUUUUGAACGGCUCAGCUUUAUCAAGUAUGAUUAAUAUUAAAGCAGCCCCAUCAGCUGCGCCCCAGCUGGAAUCUCCUCAAUUUCCGGCUGAUAAUAGCGCAAAGAGUUGUGAUCGUCCCUCUAUAUCCAGGAAGAGGAAGAUAGUGUCACGAAGGAGAGAGUACGUACAUGCUCGAUCCGGAGAAGAGGUUCCACCCGAGGAUGGAUAUAGUUGGAGAAAAUAUGGACAGAAAAAUAUUUUAGGGGCAAAGUACCCCAGAGAAUAUUAUCGAUGUGCUCGUAAUCGUUCAUCUAAUUGUGCGGCAACUAAAAUGGUCCAGCGAAGCGAGACAGAGGAGUCAUUAGCUUUUGAAGUAAGCUAUGGAGAAAAUCACAGCUGUGGUCAAGAAAAGAAAAACCAAAACGAAGAACUAGUUGCUGUGCAGCAGACAAAAUGUGAUCAUGAAAUUGAAAUAGGAGCAGGGGAAAUAUCUGAAUUUGAUAUUCUUGAAAUGGUUUCAACCCCAAAUAAUCUGUUUGAUUCCGACUUCAUCUCUACACCGGCUUCUUCGCCUUUACCAGACACGAACUAUCCACAUAACGAUGAUAGUCUCACUGAUCCAUUGUUUAAUCAUGAUGUGCCUGAUAAAAGUAGCGUGGACGACUUCAUUUCGCCCUAUGCACAAUGGGAUUCUCAUGAUGCUGCUGUGCCCUAUAAACUAAGUUUUCCUCAUAGUUACAACAAACAGGAGUAGAUUUCCAGAGCAAUGAACAAUGUUGGGGGCUCAGCAUUUUGUCCAGCUCUUUCAUAUCAAUUUGAUAAUUGAUUAAUUGGCAAUGGUUUGGACUUUGGACUACUUAUUUGAUAUCCUUUUCUAUCUGCAUAAUACAUAUAUGUGUCUUUU